AUGGAAGUUCCGAAGGAUCAAAUCACUUCUCUCCUCGAAAAUGGACUCUACAACUCCGCUCAGAUGCUCGGUUGUUCUCUUGUUUCUUCACCUGCUGCAAAUGCUGAAUCCUCUCCUCAUAUCAAAACUGAGAGCUUGGUGCUACUUGGUGAUUCAUUCUACCACGAAAGGGAGUAUCGUAGAGCCAUUCACACCUAUAAGCAAGCUUUACAAUACUACAAGAUGAUUCCCAAACAGAACAUGUCAUCUGCUCGAAGUUCAUUAUCAUCAAAUAGAUCUUCUUCUCCAAAUUCUUGCAGUAUAACAGUAAUUAAUGAAAAUGAGGUGAAGUUCAAAUUGCAUCAUGUCACUAUUUUCUAA